AUGGUACGUCGCCAACAACCCCCUUCCCCCUCCCCCUCCCCCCUUACGUCACUCCUGCCCCUGUUCCUCUGACUCGGAGCGCUGACGUACGCGCCUCGUUCUCCGGUCGAACAGAGCAGCGACCAAGAGUUCCAAGACCUGCCCUCGGACGACGACGCUUACGAGGACUAUGACCCCCACGAUUUCCUCGAAGACGAUCAAGACCCUCCCAUUGUCGCUCCCGUGGCGCCUGUCGUACCCACCCCUGCUGCCGCUGCUUCAGCGAGUCGUGUUACCCGAUCGUCCAACGCGGCCUAUCAACCACCGCCAGAACCUCAUCAUCAUGACGACGACGACGACGACGACGACGACGACGACGAUGACGACGACGACGAUGACGACGACGAUGACGGCGGCAAUGGAGGCUAUGGCCUGUUCCCCACCUUUGGUCAAGCAGCGCGACAACCCAUGGGAAGAUACAUCAACCCCAACGCGUUCCAAGCCGGCUUCGGAGGGCAUGCCUUUGCGAGACCACCCGCGAGCGCGUUCAGGAGGCAGUACAGGGCUUACUCGACGGCCAUUCUCGAGGUGCAGAGAGGGAGGAGCUAUGGUGGUGGUAGAUCCAACCUCAUGUAUGGUGGAAAGAGUCAGUUCGAUCACCCAUGCCCUCUCGCUCUCUUGCCGUCUCGAACCCGUUGCUGAUGUCAUUCUCGCCUCGAUCCACGCACACAGUCACCAUGCCUCCCUCGGCACUCGAGGAAAUUAGUGAGCGACCCGAGAGCAUCUCAGAGGGGUAUCGGGAAUGUCUGACCAUUAUUCGUUCCCUCACAGCCCAACUCGACAUCGAGCUGCCCAUCACGUUCGAAAUCACAAAUCCGGCUCGGCCCGAUCUGACGACCCACGUCGGGGUACUCGAGUUUAUCGCCGACGAAGGCACCGUCAACCUUCCCCAAUGGGUGAGCACAUGCACUCUCAAUUCGUAUGUAUGUUCAGCAUCUGAAUCCAACAAAUGUCACCACCCUCGGCAGAUCAUGGACCAACUGCGACUGAAUGAAGGCGACCCGAUCCGUAUCUGGGGAGGCCGAUACCCCAAGGGUAAGAUGAUCAAGAUCCAACCCCAGAGCACCGAUUUCCUCGAAGUCAGCGAUCCCAAGGCAGUGUAAGCUCAGCGAAUUUUCAUCCUUUCCCCUCCUUCACGGACAGCUGAUUCCUGUCAAUCCCCAGCCUCGAACAAGCUUUGCGUCACUUCUCCUGUCUCUCGGCUGGGGACAUCAUAGAGAUCGGCUACCAAUCCCUGACCUUCCGCCUCUUGAUCAUGGAGAUCACACCACCCGGUCCCGCCAUUUCCAUCAUCGACACGGACGUCGAAGUCGAUUUCGCCGCACCCUUGGGCUACGUCGAACCCGAAUACGUUCCACGAGGUGCGAUCGCCGGGCCGACCAUGAAGGACAAGUACACGAUCGACACCAAGGGCGUCCAAGACGUCGAUGCUCGAGGGAGUGGGAGCUCGACGCCUGUUUCGAGAGGCGCGGGUGCAGCGGUCGGAGCUGAUGGGGCAGUGCACAGUUGGGAGGCGUUCAAGGGGAGCGGGAAUAGCUUGAGUGGGAAGAGGAUCAAGGGCAAGGGCGUCAAGGCUAAGAAGAUUGAGGCCGUCGAUGAGAACAGUAUGAUCUUCAGGACCGAGUGAGUUUCCCACACGUUCAGUUGUUGACAAGAUCUUGUGAACUUAACGAAACCGCACCUUGCACUCCCCGCAGUCAACCUCGCAUGGUGACAGCCGAUACGCAAAUCGGCGAACGCCAAGUCCCCGCGGCCCUCGACCUCCCCCUAGGCAAUCUCUUCUUCGGAUUCGAACCCCGACCACCCCCCGGCUCCGAAGAAGACAUCGCCGACAAUCUUAAAGCCGAAGCUGAAUCAGCGGCCAUACCUGUUCCUUUCGCCGGUGUCGGUUCGGGGAGUACGCUUUCGGGUCGAGCAAGGAAUUCAGCGGCGUUACCGCAGGGUGCUCCGACGCCACCUCCUACUACGGCUUUGCCGAGUCGUGCGACGUCCGUCCCCGCUGCUGGCGGUCAACUCAAAUCAUUCUCCGGGUCGGGUAAUACGCUGUCGGGCAAGAAACCGAUUGAGACAAUUGAGAUUGAUUGA